CCAGCGCUUACGUGCACGCACACAGAUGAUAGAGGGAUGUAUCAACAAUUCUUUGUUAAGGUAAUAACAUAUUUUAAUAUUGAAAAUGAGUAGACUAUUCCUUUAAGACGUGUUGUGUGGGAAGUGAUGCUCCGAUAAUGUUUACCAGAGGGGAGUAAUGAACAGAGAUGAUGAGAUAUGGCACAUGUUUUAAAAUUAAGUUGUAGUGUUUAAAUCUGACUGUACAUAAGCAUAGCUAUAAUUACGAAGAGAAUAACCCACGUCAUAGCCAUUUUUUUUUUUUUUUUUGAUAGUUCUUUGCCUAUUAAUACACCACAGACCUUUGUCACUUACAACCACAACCCGCAUAAAUACAAGGUUAGACUGUCAUACAAGCUGUUUUCUCUUCUGAGCUCUGGAUGUAAUGAUCAUGGGGCAGUUUUGGACGCUUAUUUUCUGUGCUUUGCUUCUCAUGACCAUUUCUGGAGAAGAUGAAUUGGGCACAACAAAAGAGUGUGAAGAUGCUCGCUUUGUUCCAGGGCACAAUCUUGGUGGAGAGGGAUUUGAUGUUGUGACCAUGGAGCGAAAAGGUUCUUACGUGAUCGACACGGAAAACUGGGAUUUAGGAAACGGCACCUGUAAACUGAUGGAAAAUCAAUACUUGAAUGGAGUGAAACAGAAGUUACCAGCAGCAGUUGUAUUCUGGAGGACCUUGCCAAAGUGUUCAAAGAAAGUCUCCAGUCGGAUCUUUGAAUCAAGUGAAUCACUGGUCAAUGAUUCAUCAUCAGCGCUUUCAUCCAGCUGGAAACUUGGUCUAAAUGUGAAGUUAGUUGGAGGAUCAGUUGGUGGCACCCAUUCAAGAGAAGCACAAUUUGCAAUGACAAAAUCAAAAGAUGACAAAUACAGUUUUACCAAACAUGAAGUUGCAUGCAGCUUCUACAGUUACCAGGUAGCCGAAAAACCACCUCUUCAUCAGGAGUUUCUUGAAGCAGUCAAAUCUCUCCCUAAAUCCUAUCAUCUCCCUGCCUACCGUAAAUUGAUCAGCAGAUUUGGUACCCAUUAUAUCACAGAUGUGAAGUUAGGAGGAAAAAUGAAAGCCAUAACAGCCAUCAAAACCUGUAAGGCAUCAAUGAGUGGACUCACAGAUACUGCAGUGAAAGACUGUUUGGAUGUGGAAGCCUCUGGAAUAAUCAAAGGAGUAAAUGUGGCAGCAGAAACACAUUUUUGUAAUGAAAAGAAAAAGAAGAUGGGUACAGGUCAAAAGUUCAGCAACAUUUUCAGCGAACGCCAAACAGAGAUUAUUGGAGGAAACAUAAAUGGAGAAGAUUUGCUGUUUUCUGGUUCGUCACACCCAAACUCCCUUAAAAUGUGGCUUAAGUCUUUGAAGACCCUCCCUGACAUUGUGCACUACACUCUCAAACCCCUUCAUUUAAUACUGAGUGAAACAAAUCCUGUCAGGAAUGAACUUAAGAAAGCUGUUGAGGACUACAUUAAUAAAAACUCUCUUAAGAAGGUUUGUUCAGAAUCUUGUACCAUCAGCAGGAAGCGCAGUGCGAGAGAUCGAUGUGUUUGUGUUUGUAACCCCAGUCGAGUGAUAAAGUCUAAUUGCUGUCCAGUUCAAAAAGGACUUGCCACACUGAAAGUCUACAAACUCUACGCCAAAGGUUUAUAUGGAGAUGUGGGUGGUUAUACAGAUGGUUCUGUGGUAGUCAAAUAUGAUUCACAAAUCAAACACACAAAGGUUAUUAAUAAUAAUGACAACCCACGUUGGCGGGAAACAUUUGAGUUUGGUCCCAUUAAGAUCAAUAUGGCUAAUCGACUAAACUUUGAAGUAUAUGAUGCAGACAGCAACUGGAACAGCAAUCUCCUUGGUGAAUGCUCAUUUGCUCUUCGGAGUGGUGUUGUGACCGACACUUGUGUCUUUACACAUGGCACUUUCUUUUUCACCUAUGAAGUGCAAUGUGCACCCAGUCUACAGGGCAAACAGUGUGGUAAUUACAAACCUUCUCCAAUGGCUUCCCAUCUUGCUAACAUUUUUAGCUCAAGAAAUGGUGUUUUAGUUAAGGACUUGUGGAAGCUAGAAUUAGCUUGGAAUAACUCCGAUCUAUUUGGCUUUAAGAGCUCUCAUGAAAAGCAGGUAGAGCUGUAGAACCCCUCACAUUAAGUCCUUACAUAUGAUAAACAAAAAUGUAGCUCAGCUAAUCCAUUCAAACAGCUUAAGUAUAGCCAGAAAAGUUGUGAAAUUUUGCCUUCAAAUUGCUUUUCUUUGUACUUUUCUUGAAUUAAAGCAUUCA